AUGUGCCCCAGUGUAUAAAAUAGAGUAAUCCCUGGAGCAGUACACUACUGAUAGUCCAGACUGAAGAAAGACUGAGUGCACUGUGAUCCAAAACCUACAGCAACAACUAUGAAUUCAGCUGCUGUUGCCUUUCUCACCUGCCUGCUUGUCUUCUAUGCACAAGGACAACCAGCCAACAGAUCUAGUAAGUGUAAGUGUUUAAACGGUUAUGUGGGCAAAAUCAAACCACAAGACAUCAAGGCAGGGCCAGUCACACAUGAGCCAAGUAUCUUCUGUCCACGUACAGAGAUUAUUAUUACAACAACAGAAAAUAAAGAGAAAUGCGUGAACCCACACUCACCACUUGGAAAACUCAUCCUGAAAAACAAAAACAAGUACCAGAAGAAUGCAACUGUGAACACGACAGCAGCUUCGAGCUCAACGGACAAAACAACGGCUUCAAGCUCAACGAGACUCCACACAACAUCCAGGCUGUAGGACUGUCACUGCACUGAAGAGGAUGGAGCUGAAACACUGUUUUUAUUGUUGUUGUUCACCAUCACUGCCUUUGUCAAGUAAAGACAAUAAGUGGGUAGAAGUGAUCAAAGUGUCUGUUUGUCCAAUUAACUUAUAUUGUCUUCAUGUGUACAUAAAAAUAAAUCAUCUGUAUAUACUUCUUAAAUA